GUUUCUGGCUUUUCAAAGAGUGUGUACGUAUCUCCAGCUAGUCUCCUUUAUGCCUGGGACAUACUUUUCAGAGGUUUGCUACAUUUUUCGGUAUUCCAAAGACUAGCACAGACUUCUUUAUUCCAGCUUCAAGUGAAUAUUCCUCACCUCCCUUUCCAUCAAAGGAGCUCCAGCCACUCAUGGCCAACCCCCUGACAGACUUGACGUCCGACCCCAAGAAGCAGCCGGUGGCCGGGGAGAAGAAUGAGGCGCACAGCCCCCCAGUGUGUCUGCAGACCGUCAAGGCCAAGCUCUUCAAAGGGGUCUCGUACUUCUCGGGAGAUAUGAAGGUCUACGGCGAAUGGAUGAAAGGGCAGUUCCUGCUGUUCCAGAUCCUGGACUGGGUUCUGCGUGGGGCGGCCCAGGUGAUGUUUGUCAACAACCCCCUGAGCGGCCUCAUCAUCUUCGCCGGCCUCAUCCUGCAGAACAGGUGGUGGGCUCUCAACGGCUUCGUGGGCACCCUGUUCGCCACCAUCUCGGCCCUCAUCCUCUGCCAAAACAGGGGGGCUAUUGCCGCUGGCCUGUACGGCUACAAUGGCAUCCUGGUGGGGCUUCUGAUGGCUGUCUUCUCCGGUGCAGGAGACUGGUACUGGUGGCUCCUGCUACCCAACGUCUUCAUGUCAAUGGCAUGCCCCAUCGUGUCGAGCGCCAUAGCCUCCAUCAACAGCCGCUGGGACCUGCCCGUCUUCACCCUCCCCUUCAACAUCCUGGUGUGCGUGCACAUGGUGGCCACUGGCCACUACAACCACCACUUCCCCCAGGUGCUCAUCCAGCCCCGCUCAGACUUCCCCAACAUCACCUGGGCUGAGGUCGACGUGGCCAAGCUCUUCAGGGCCAUACCUGUGGGCGUAGGGCAGGUGUACGGCUGCGACAACCCGUGGACCGGGGGCAUAUUCAUCCUCGCCCUCUUCAUCUCCUCCCCCAUCACCUGCGUGCACGCAACCCUCGGCUCCGCUGUUGGCAUGGUGUCAGGACUGGCGCUGGCUGCCCCCUUCGGGGACAUCUACUUUGGCCUGUGGGGUUACAACUGCGUGCUGGCCUGCAUCGCCAUUGGUGGGAUGUUCUACGCCCUCACCUGGCAGGUGCACCUGCUGGCCAUCACCUGUGCAUUUUUCUGUGCGUAUCUGGGAUCGGCCAUUGCAAACAUCAUGUCAGCUUUUGGGCUCCCCGCCUGCACGUGGCCCUUCUGCCUGUCGGCCCUCACCUUCCUGCAGGUCACCACGGAAACUGACACCAUCUUCAAGCUCCCGCUGGCCAAGGUGACCUACCCGGAGAAGAACCUACGCUUCUUCUGGAAGAUGAAGAAGGCGGAGAAGGCGGAGAAACUGAAGAAGGAGCAGGAGGAGGAGGAGGCACGGAAGGGGAAGAAGGGAGAAGGAGGAGAGAAGUCGGAGAAGGAGGAACUGAAAUUGGACAUAAUGAGGAGCGAGGGAGUCGCCGCCGACGACAACGUGCCUGAUGCGUGCGUGGUGAACUUGCAACAAGAAGAUGUUCCUGAUCACGAAACGACUGAUAACACGGCGGCAGUGGGUGUGACUGAUGAGCCUGCGGAAGAUAGCGAUAGUAUGGUGUAGUCGUCGCUUAUCUGAAUCUGAUGGCGGGCGAACAUCAUGGCCCAAUUUCGCUCAGGAGGCGUGGCCAUGGCAGAGGCACUGAACUUGAAGCUAUAUGUUGGAGUAAUGUACAUAAGUUAUUCACUUUGUCUAACUCUUGUCCCCAGGCUUUAAGUCAGGGCAUAUGUAUGUGCGUAUAUUCUGAAUGUGUCAUUGUUUUCGCUCUGUGCCUGCAGGCCAGAGAAAGAGAGAGAGAGAGAGCAGGAAUGUUCUUCAACUGUAGCAAACACUCUCUCAAUAGGCGAGGAGAAAAGGACAAGGUCACAUUCAGUCUGUUUCAGCUAAAUAACAAGAUAUUCUGCUAAGAAAUAUGCUACUGUGUAAACUGGUAUUCUGCUAAGAAAUAUGCUACUGUGUAAACUGGUUUCAACUGGUUUAGCUAAUUACCCCUCCCCUUAGACCAAUUGAAACCGAAAUUGUAACUAGGGCUUUCCUUCAAUAAAACGUAAGGAGAAGGAGGCUGUUUUCAGAGUGAUCUUGGACAUUGUAACUGAAAGCAGUCUCCUGGUCACCCUCCUUGCAAGUGUUGAAUUUAA